AUGCAUUUCAAGUCUUACGUGACCGCUGCCUUGUAUGGGCUGCCCGCCCUUGCACAGGCUGCCCCGUCGCCUUCUUCGGGCGCGUCGGCUUCCUCCUCGUCGGCUGCUAGUUCUAGUGGUCACUUCGAGAGCUAUACCAUCAAGGCUGAGAACAUCACCGCUAAGCUGAUUCCGUACGGCGCGCGUCUGACCUCCUUGACCGUCCCCGAUCGCCAUGGCAAAGUCCAGGAUGUGGUGGUUGGCUAUGAUGACCCAAUCGAGUAUCUGCAUGACAGUGAGACCAAUCGCACCUUUUUCGGCGCGGUCGUUGGUCGUUAUGCCAACCGUAUUAAGAACGGUACCUUCACCAUCGACGACAACACCUACCACAUUCCUGAAAAUGAGAACAACGGUGUAGACACCCUCCAUGGUGGCUUCACUGGGUAUGACAUGCGCAAUUGGACGGUCACUGCCCACACUGAGUCUGCCAUCACCUUCAGCUUGCUCGACCAAGGCUUUGAGAACUUCCCCGGCGAUGUCAUCACCCAUGCCACCUUCAGUGUGUCCACCGAGACCACCCCUGAGAACCCCAAGGGUCUCCCCCAGUUGACCACCAAGCUAGUAGCUAUCGCUCUGACUGAGAAGACACCUAUCAUGCUGGCCAACCACAUCUACUGGAACUUGAACGCGUUCAAGGAGAAGACUGUCCUCGGGGACACCUUGCAGCUGCCUCUCUCCAAGCGCUACAUCGCUGGAGACAGUAUCCUCAUCCCCAACGGCACCAUCUCUGACGUCGAUGACACCUACUCUGGAUCAUUGGACUUCACCACCCCCAAGACAAUUGGCCGAGACAUUGAGAAGACCACCGGUCUUUGCGGUGCUGGCUGCACCGGCUACGACACCUGCUUCCUGAUCGACCGCCCCGUCUCCAACGCCCCCAACUCCAUGAUCACUGCAAUCCGCGCCUCAUCCGACAGUACCGGAAUCAGUCUUGAGGUCGCCACCAACCAGGCUGCCCUCCAGAUCUAUACCUGCAGCGGCCAGAACGGCAGCAUCGCCACCAAGAAGUCCCAGGCUCAGCGCAACAAGGCUGACAGUGGUAACGCUGGUGCCACCCAUGUGAACAAGUACGGUUGCUUUGUCAUUGAGACCGAGGACUGGAUUGAUGGCAUUAACCAGCCUGAGUGGGGACGUAACCCCUACCAGAUCGCCGGCCCUGAUGAUGGGCCUGUCGUCAACUGGGCCACGUACCAGUUCGGUAAUAUCUAA